GGCUUACCGGAUGAUCUUGAGAACGAGGACCAGUAGGGAGAGCUGGUGGAAUGAGACAGAGGGCUCGUUCACAGGGUAGGAGGACAAGAUUUGGAGCACACUAUGACACAUUCAGGUCCCUUCAAAGUUGCAAUGAGUACUCCUCAAUUGAUUUUGGUUCAACCCAACCAAGACUAAUCGCCCGUAAGCAGGGCUAAAGAAACGGCCCAUGUGGGCCCAGGAAUGAACCCCUUCCCGCGCCUUCGCCCUAACUCGUUUCCCUCGUCCCGCCCACUCUCCUGCAUCUGCCGCCCCGGCGAAACCGCAAUGGAAGAUUUCCAUGAAGAGACGCGCGAGGCACGCGACGAGACCUUCAAUCCGGAUCUGAUCCGCGCGAUAUUCAAGCUUGUGUGGAGCCGGCGGACCGACAGGGGCGUCGUCGUCGACGAGGCCAUAGACAUCGAGCCUGCUGCGGAGACGUCAAGGAGGAACCGGAGUACCUCUGCUAAUGCAAGUGCCCUGCAAGUGAGCUGUGAACUUCUUCGGAUGUUUGUCGCAGAGGCUGUCCAGCGCUGUGCUGUUAUCGCUGAAGCAGAGGGGACGACCACAAUUGAGCCCACCCACCUGGAGCGAGUCUUGCCACAGCUUCUUCUGGACUUCUAGCUAGCCUUCUUGGUACCUGUCUCGGACACAGAUGGAUAGCCAAGGCGCCUGAACCGAUCCAUAAUUAAUCUUGUAAUGAGAAUGUUGUUUGUGUCACCCUAACAAACCAGUUUUGUUAAAUAACACGCCGCCCUGAUUCACAAGUC